UACGUUAUGGUUGAACGUUGAACUUGGAGAUGUCCUAUAUAAUGAACAUUGAACAUUGAACAUUACACAUUCACAAGCAAUUGACGAUUAAACCUUUCUUUUAUGGCUCCAUACAUGAAUCACUUCAACUUGUUGCAGACCAUCUUCCUUUUAUACUUUUCGUUCAAACUCACAUGCAGUGGAUCAUCACUAAGCCCUGAUGAGGAAUGCUCAGCCUUAUAUCAGUUCAAGCAAAGCAUAAUUCAUCAAGAUGAUCCAGCUUGUGCUGCUAGUUGGUUACAAACCUUCAACUCUUGGAAGCCCACUAACAAUGCAUCAGAUGCUGGUUUUGAUUGUUGCUCAUGGUAUGGGGUGGAGUGUAGAAAUGACCAUGAGUAUAGUCAUGUGAUCGGCCUUGACUUGAGUGAAAGCUUUCUUUGUGGUGGUAUCAACUCUAUCAGCACCCUCUUUAGCCUUGUUCAUCUUCAGAGCCUCAACCUUGCAUGGAACGACUUUAGUGAAUCUCAAAUCCCAUCUGAGAUUGCUCAUCUAAAGCAACUAAGAAGCCUCAAUCUUUCUGCUUCUGGGUUUAGUGGCCAAAUCCCGAAUGAAAUCUCUCAGCUGAUACAAUUGUCUUCUUUAGAUCUAUCACAGAAUCUUCUAAAGCUUCAAAGUCCUAGUGGCCUUAAGAAUCUAGUUCAAAACUUAACAGGACUAGAAGAACUCCAUCUCUCAGGGGUUGACAUUAGUUCUUCCGUACCACAUUUCUUGGCAAACUUUUCAUCUUUGAGGUCAAUCAGGCUACAAAACUGCUUUCUUCAAAAUGAAUUCCCUGCAGCCAUUUUUCAGCUACAGAAGUUGAUACGUCUGGAUUUGUCAUUCAAUACCAACCUUACAGGUGCCUUAAGUGAAUUUCGUAACAGCAGCUUACUUGAACUUGUGAAUCUACGUUCAACAAGUUUCUCCGGGAUUGUACCAGAAUCCAUUAGCAAUCUAAACAAUUUGAGAGUCUUGUCCCUUGGCGAUUGCUCUUUCUCAGGGCAUAUUCCAGGAUCACUCUCCAACAUGACAAAACUCACUUACUUGUCUCUUGGUAAUAAUAAGUUCACAGGCUUUGUUCCUUCAUUGGUAAGUCUUUCCAAACUCAUCAUUUUAGAUCUCAAUGGUAACAGAUUUGAUAAAGGAGUCUUGCCCAACUGGCUUGGCAUGUUGGCUGAACUUAAUCAAUUAGAUACAUAUGGUAUGAACAUAAACGGUGAAAUACCAUCUUUUCUUGCAAACCUAACCAAACUUACUGUUGUUUCAAUGGGAAAAAAUUCUUUUACCGGUCAUAUACCAUCCUGGUUGUUCAACCUUACCCAACUAAGAUCAUUAGACCUUCAACACAAUCAAAUGCAAGGACCCAUUUCAAGCUCAUUUUCCAACUUUAAAAAUCUUCGAUUUCUUCAGUUUAAUUACAAUAAUUUCAGUGGAAAGGUAGGCUUAGACAUGUUCCUAGGACUCAACAAACUUGAAAGUCUCAUCUUAGGUAAUAACAAGAUAUCAUUAGUGCCCACCAACAACUUCACCAAUAGCACCUUACCAGAGCUUAAACACCUAUCACUGUCAUCAUGCAAUCUGAAGGAAUUCCCUGCCUUUUUGCGUUUCCAAAAUAAAAUGGAACUCUUAUUCCUCGAUCGAAACAAGAUUUAUGGCAUGGUACCGGUGUGGAUUUGGAACAACAGCAGGGAAACAUUACAAGUGAUUGACCUUUCCAACAACUACAUCACCGGCUUUGAUCAGCAUCCUAUAUUUCUGCCAUGGAAAAGUUUACAAGCAUUUUCGAUCAAGAAUAAUCAGUUCCAAGGUCAGCUACCAGUUCCAGCACAAAACACUGUAGUAUAUUCAGCGGAAAAUAAUAAUCUGACUGGAGAAAUACCAGCAUCGAUUUGUGAAGUGAAAUCUCUUCAAGUGUUAGAUUUGUCGUCUAACAACAUGAGUGGAACUCUUCCUCCAUGUUUCGGUGACUUAAUCAAUUCGUUGUUAACUUUGGAUCUGGGACGUAAUAACUUUCAUGGCACAUUAAUGAUGAAUGUGUUUAUGCAUGGCAGCCAGUUGGAAAGUAUUGAUUUGAGCGAAAAUCACUUUACGGGUCAGCUGCCAAGAUCAUUGACGAAUUGUACAAAUUUAGAGGUUCUCUCUCUUGGAGAUAACUCUUUUGAUGACGUCUUUCCUUUUUGGCUGGGAACUCUUGCCAAGCUGCAAGUUCUCAUCUUACGGUCCAACAAAUUUUAUGGUCCAAUUCAAGGUUCGAAAACAGUUUGCUCACAUUUCCCUAAGUUGCGGAUCAUAGACAUCUCUAACAAUGGUUUUGAUGGCGAACUGCAUGAAAACUUCUUCCAAAAUUGCAAUGCCAUGAGAGUGGGUUAUGGUGAAUUAUCAGUUAUGGAAUCUGGACGUGUCUUGCCAUCGCUAGGGUACCUAAUAAAUCUUGAAUCGUUGGAUCUCUCGCGAAAUGCGCUAUCUGGAGAAAUCCCUCAACUAUUCGUGCAACUCAACUACCUUUCCAUUUUCAACGUGUCAUACAACCAUCUUGAAGGGCGCAUUCCCCAAGGGCAACAAUUUAGCACAUUUGAAAACAACUCCUAUGAGGAGAAUCCUGGGUUAUGUGGAAAACCUUUAUCAAAGGAAUGUGGGAAUUUAAAGGCAUCAAGACUUCCACCAGCAAGAAAUGCAUCUGAGUCUCUCCUCCCAAGCGAAAGAAUUGAUUGGAUCAUCAUAUUCUGUGGAGUUGGAAGUGGGCUGGUUGUUGGGAUUUUUAUUGGCAACUCUUUACAUACAAAGUAUAGUGAACGAUUCACAAAGAGGAAGGACAGAUGGGUAAGGCCACUCCGUAGCACAAGGAGAUCAAACCAAGUACAAUAAUUUGUUUUAUUGCCUUACAACUUUGUAGCAAUUUUCCAAGCAAAUAAUUUGUUAUGUGUAGGUGGUCUCAACCCCUCAACCAAAUUGAAAAUGCUUUGUGAAUGUCAUCUAGAAAAAUAUGACUUUGAAAAGGAUUAUUUUUUAAAUUGUCCUAUAAAAAAAAUUUACACUAGUUAGUAGUUACAUAUUUUUUAUGAGAUUAACUGUAAUAAAUACAUUUCUCAACUUUGUUGUAUUAAGAAUUAAUUUAAGUUU